GUGGCUUUCUUAAUGAUGCUUUAAUUUCAAAUAAGGCUAAUUUAUUCCCAGCUGAAUUAAAACUGGAUAAGUUUAAAAACUCAGAUGGAUACCUUCAUAAAUUCAAAAAGAGGCAUGGUUUUCGAAUGACCAAGUUACAUGGAGAAAUGAGAACUAAUGAUCCAGUAGAUGUCGACUUAUUUAUUGAAAAAUUCAUAGAAAUAUCAAAGGGUUAUAAUGCCGAUCAAAUUUAUAACUUGGACGAAACGGGAUUGUAUUACAAGCUGAUUCCUUCGAAGAGUAUUUGUAGAAACAGAUUUCAAGGAUACAAAAAUUUCAAAGAUCGUGUUUCUAUUAUGCUAUGUUCAAAUAUGAGUGGAAAUCAUAAAUUGAAACCUGUGAUGAUCUCGAAACCUAAAAUGCCAAGAUGCUUUAAAUCUUAUGACUAUAAAUGUUUCAUUGAUUAUUAUAGCUCAGAACGAGCUUGGAUGACAGGAACAAUUUUUACUAACUGGCUAUUAAACUUUGAUUACCAUCUCAAAAAUGAAAAAAAGCAAAUUUUACUUCUCAUGGACAAUUGUCCUUCACAUUGUGUUCCAUCAAAUUUGGAUAACAUAAAAAUAUUGUUUUUUCCUCCAAAUAGUACUGGUCUUAUUCAACCUAUGGAUUUGGGUAUAAUAAAAACAUUUAAAACACAUUUUACUCGACACAAGUUAAUGUAUUUGACUGAUUUGUUGGAACAGCAAAAUAUUUCAGUAUACAGUUCCUACAAAAAGUUAACUCUAAAGGAUACUGUAAUUUUCUUAAAAAUGGCUUGUGAAGAUGUGUCUGAAAAAACGAUUGCAAAUUGUUUCGGAAUUUUAAGCAACCCAUUCAAAAGAAUCAUGUAG